AUGUCGUCUCAAGAUCAGAAAGGGUCUGUGAUGUCCCUUCCACCACUUCCUGCUAGUCACAAAGACUGGAUAGCAUAUGUGUCUUCUCACCCAACUACUUCCUUAUACGACCUCAUCGCUCCUUUCAAAGACUAUGAUUCCAAGCUUCGUGAGAUAUUCGCCCAACAACCUGAACACCCCGCCAUCCACGAGUCCCAUGUCGUGCCGCUGUUUGCUGAAAAGGAGCAGGAGGUCAAGAUCAGGGCGCGUAACUUGUCAGCUGAGUCUGAAGAGGAACGCUCUCGUUAUCUCAUGCCUCUCACGAAAUCCAAUCGCAAAGCUGACGGAACCCCUGCCGUCGUGCAAUCACUCAAGGAGUUUCAAACGAAUUUCCAACUCUUCUCCGAGUCUUCCCUCGUGGACAUGGACUGGUCUAAUGUUGUUGUUGCUGGUAGCGCUGUGGUGACAUCGCUACUUCCAGUUCCACCAAAGCACAGCUCUUCAAAGCGAGCUCUCCGCGAAUACUACCAUCAGAAACUUGCACCUGCAUCUGAUGUCGAUCUCUUUCUUUAUGGGCUCACCGAGGAGCAGGCCAUUGAGAAGAUCAAGCAGAUCGAACAGCGCAUCAGGGAUUCCAUCUUGACUGAAACAACAACAAUUCGUACAAAAAAUGCCAUCACCAUUGCUUCUCAGUACCCUACACGCCAUGUGCAGAUUGUUCUGCGCAUCUAUCGAUCCAUUUCCGAGAUUCUUACUGGGUUUGACGUCGAUUGUUCUUGUGCUGCCUACGACGGGAGUCAGGUUUAUGUCAGUCCUCGCGCUCUGGCCGCAUACAUGACCCAAAUCAACACGAUUGAUCUGACUCGUCGCUCCCCGUCGUACGAAAACAGACUCUCCAAGUAUUCACACCGAGGGUUCGAGGUUUAUUGGCCUCUACUAGACCGCUCACGUAUCGAUCCUACAUUGUUCGAACGCUCCUUUGGUCGUACUCUCGGUCUCGCUCGCUUGCUGGUUCUGGAAAAGUUGCCAAAGCAGACUGACAGAGAGGCUUAUAUCGACCAACGCCGUGAAGAGCGUGGGAGACCUACAAUCAAUAGAUGGGCGACACACAGAUUACAUGGCAAUAUGAAGGAUGAGCAUGGUGACGAAGUUGCGGAUUGGGUCGAAGCGGAGAAUGUGAGCGACUACCACACAUUCACCAUCCCAUACGGUCCGAAGUAUCAUGCACGCAAGAUUGAGAGACUGCUAUACGCCAAAGACUUGCUCCUGAACGCAGAAUGGAAUCGUCCCAAAGACCGUGAGACUGCGCUGCAUCGUCACCCCGCCUUCUUUGGAACUGCAGUCGAUGUUAUUGGUGAUUGCUGUGGAUACUGCCCAAAGCCUGCAUCAACAGAAGACCGAGAUAUCGCAGAUGAGGAAGGAAAGAUAUAUGUUUCCGGAGAGAUCGCUUUCCUCAAAGACAACCCUGGGCGCCAAACCAUUGGAUCCUUCUAUCCCCUCACGGAUGAUGACUGGACUGAGAUGGCCUAUGUUGGCAACACCGCAAGACUAUGCCAAGCGAUCGUUGAUGGAGAUCUUGAACAUGUGCAAGAUUGGCUAAAGCAAGAGGAUGCAGAUCCGAACCGGAGAGAUUAUACUGGUCGUACUCCACUUCACCUGGCUGUCACCAGCUCGACCCCUGAAGUAGUCCAGUGCCUUAUUGAUGCAGGGUCACGUAUUACUGCUCGAUUGUUUGAUGGGAAAACUGCUCUUCAUUUGGCUGCUAUGCGUGGUGAAAACGCAAUGGUGAAGGCACUUCUUGUCAGAAGCGAGGCCAAUGAAGAACAGGAGGAAGAGAAGCAGGCGCAGAAAUCCAGCUCUCGAAAUAUAGGUAUAGAAGGAGAGACGAUGGUUAUAGAUGAAGAUGGACAUGUAGAUGAACUAAGAUCAGAAGAGAGCGCGGCCGCUUCGCACAACUCCGAAAGCGAGGAUGACGACGUUGAUAUGUUUGACGAUGAGACUGAGCACAUCGAUGCAACGACUGAGAACUCUGUCGUCAAAAUCGACCGCAAGCAGACCCAGCACGAAACUCUGCCUGAAGACGAAAACCAGGAUGAGCCGGACGUGUAUGAUAUCAAUGUUUUGGCUUGGGACAACCCAGUAUCUGCCCUACACCUCGCAAUUGCAAAUGGUCAUGUAGAGACGGUCAGAACACUUGUACAGGACUUCGGGGCUGAUGUGCUCCUUCCGAUCAAAUUGGUCAACGACUACAACAAGUCCGCCCGCGCGGCCAUCUUACCUCUUGUACUUGCCCUACAUCUUGCACCAGACAAGGCCAAAGAGAUGACAAAGCUGCUGAUGGGUUUGGGGGCAUCAUCUGCACAAGCCGAUGUCGAUCAGGUCACAGCUUUGCAUUAUUUUGCAGCACACGGGCCAGACCUACUCAGCUCGAUGAUCUCGACAGACCGACCGGCUGCACAGCGAGCGGUCCAUCAUCUUGCCAUGCUUGGAAACCGAUGGAGUCCAUCGGGUAAGAGUGCUUUGCAAACUGCCAUCAUACACAAAGAUCUGGAGGGCAUUGAAGCGUUGCUGGAGCUUGGCGCGAGUCCCAAUAUAGACUACUCCACCUACGUGACUUCUUUCAAGAGCAAAUGGGAUCUUAGUGGAUCUGCUGAAGACAACGAAAAAGACUUUCGUAAAAAUUUCAAACAGCCGGUCUUUACUGCCAUUGACGCCGAACUGCCAUCCGUCAUCCCAAAACUCUUGGAUGCGGGUGCAGACGUCAAUACUCUCUCCCAGAAAGCCCACGGGGCGCUGGAUCAGAAGCAUUCACAUAACGGGGGCGUGCACAGCCUUUUAGACGCGGUCCGCAAGAGAGUUAAAGAACUAUCUGAUUUCCUUACCACGAAUAAGAUUACAACAACAGAUUAUCGAUUCCCAAGGGUUACCAAGCCUAUGCCACUCGAAGAAGAUGAGGAGUAUCUCAGAGGUCGAGUUCCUGGAACUUAUGUAUUCUGGUCAACGUCGGAGCAGCUGAAAGAAGCAAAGACCAACUAUGAGCGUAACCUUAAGCAGUACGAAGAAUCCGAGAUGUCCAAAAAUUCUUCCAAAGGCACGGCAGAGAAGAAGGCUGCGAUUGAGUCACAACUUGCAGAGUUCGAAACUCUGGAAGCGCAGCUAGUCGAGCGAGGAGCGAAGACAUUCAAAGAAAUGUAUCCGGACCUUAUAUUGGUGGACGAGCCACACUACCACUACCAUCACUACGAGCGAUCGCAGCCCGAGCCGUGGACACCAAGCAUCACCUUCCAAGUUCCUGACUUGACUGAUGAAUUACGAGCAGCAUACAUCCGGCUCUUCCAGGCUUGUUGGGAUGGAGAUUUGCCUACCGUGAAAGAAAUGACGUUGUCGGUCUGGGGCGAGAACGAGCACCAGAGCCCGCUGAGAAUUGCCGUCAGGGAUUCCAGCAACUUCUCUCCAUUUUCCAUCGCAGUUCUCCGUGAGCACAAUGACCUUGCAAAAGCAUGUCUCGAAAUCGCGCAUGCACAGUAUGCUCCAGCCGAGAACACUGGUAAAGUCAGACACACAGUAGGACCUCCGGCGGAAGAGAGCGACGACGACUCCUGUGACGGUACAGAGGACGACUUUCAGAUCUAUACGGAGAUUCUAGAUGACAGAUUUACCAUUGAAGGCAUCGGAGCUGUGCAAGGCCAAGUCAAGAGUACCAUAACUCCAUUGGAGGUCAUCUCAUGGUCAUGUCCAGUAUCGCGCUUUCUGGAAGAUAACGAUGUUCACAGCAUGAUAACGAAUCCUUUGAGUGACCCUUAUGGAGGCUUUAGGACACGCAGGUUUGGACGCUAUGCACGAAAGUCUCGUGAAGGACGCUCGCCUAGAAGGAUCCUCAAAGAUGCUGUGAGAGGCAUCACUUAUGAGGUGCCGCAAGCAGCUGCGCAUGAGCACAUCUCAGAGGUGGAAAUCCCCGGGAACUUGUUCCAAUUGGCUAUAUACCUGGAUGAUGAGGAUCUUCUUGAUUUCUUAAUCACCAUGGGCGAAGUCUACACAAUUCGCAAAGCCAGCAGCGUCGUUGAUGACGAUGAAACCAAGUCGAAUGUGUUUCGAUUUGAUGAAAAAGACUUCCGAUAUGCCAUUGACCUCGGACGAAUCUCCCUUCUACAGCACAUUAUCAGGCGAACAGGUGCGGGUAUGCCGCUUGAUAAUCUUGUCAAAAAGAGUGGCGUUGAGGUAGUAAAGAAGCCGAACAACUACCAGGGACUGUCCGUUCACGGCAAGAAGCGUGCAGACUGGGCGAAUGCGGGACGUCAGACGCAAUGUGAGACGCAGCAAGAUCAUCAUCCACCACUGCUUCAUGCGGCACGACUUGCAAACCUGGAGAGUGUGGAGUGGUUUUUGAGUGAUGCAGCACCGCGUUGUUACAGGGAAUUCGCCAAUGUCCAUCAAGAGGAUGUGCGCAUUCAGAACCUGGGCAAAGCCAUUGGCGGUCUCGAGGCUUCUAUCAACAACUGGCUCGGCCUGCGUGCACAUUUGCUGAUUCAUUGCGUCAUACUGCACAAAACCACUCCAGACGCUGAGGAACUCCUUCGAUACUUGUGCAAGACCCGACCUGAGGCGAUUGAAAGCCGUUCAUCUUCAGGUCUGACACCCCUGCAUCUGGCAUUCUCAUUACAUCGCGUCAAGAUGAUCAAAAUUCUCAUUGAGGCUGGAGCCAACCAGACGUGUCGAAAUAACGCGCGGGACAACAUUGUCCAUUCGCUCCUUACCACCGGGUUCAAGAACGACGAGACUGACGAAGAUAUCACUCGGCUUCGCGAGCUCUUGAAUGUGAUAGACCCUCGUCUUAUCCCAAGUCUUUUUGAGGAGCGCACUACUGAAUUACCAGGUGCCGCCACCCCUCUUGCACGCUGGCUUCACACUUAUGUGAAGCCCUCGCGGUACAACCAGGAGGGUAACCAGGCACGAGAGAAGUUCUUGAGUGUCCUCCUCGAGUUCAGUAAAGGGGAGGAUCUCAGCAUUAUCAAUGCGGAGGGCGAUACACCUGUACACUCAGUAGUCCGAGCCGGGGCAGACAGCCUGUUACCUGUCAUGCUCAAAUGCCGCCCCGAACUACUGUUCCGAGAGAAUGCGACGGGACGGACACCCUACGAAAUGGCAGAGGACGCAUAUCUCUUGAAGCAAGUAUUCAACGACCCACCUUCCCUGCUACCUUCUUCCCCAUGUCCUGCUGCCCGAGGUUUCGACUUUUAUCGCUUCAGCAUGCAACCUACCGUGGGCAUCAUAGCCGAAGAGGCUGAGCGCUUUAUUGAGGGACUGACCAAAGAUGCACGAUCGAAUACCGAGAAGGUGUGGGAAGUGUGCAAAGAGAUUGCGGCCAAGAGUCAGGGAACCAAGAGGAAACUUGUGAAGCUGGUCGAGGCCAACGAGGUUGCCAAGCGGCUGACGAAGCGCAAGGGAAGCCAGACCGAGGAAGAUAAAGCUAGUGUUAACUCGGGAGAGGCGGGGGAUGUUGAGGAGACCAAGGGUGAUGAGGUAGAUGUGUGGUAUGGUAUGGGCUUGGAUGCUGAUAGCUAG